AUGGAAGAUAUAAAACCGCGCCCGCCACGCUUAAUACUGGAUAGCGAGAGAUUCAAACCGAACGGUGAUCGUGGCACUGGACCCCGGAGCAUGGAACGCGGCACCACUUCCUCGACAUUGGACUCGCCAUUUGGUUCUCAACUCAAUACGCCCAUCGAUGAGAAGUUCCAAAACCUAGGCGGCAUCUUGAGGAUCCAAUCAUCUGAUUUUGCGCACGUCGAAGCUGAAGAUAAGGACGGGCUGGUGAAGGAACAGGCUGCUGCAACGGCAGUGGAGUCUAGAAACGAGGACACCAUAUAUGAGCCGCCAUCCGAGUCAAGGUCGCCGUCGGAACGGUUAGCGAGGCCGAAUCAAGAGUCUACGUCUGCUACUAGCGCUAUCCCUUCGGACCUGUUCUCGUCCGUUGUUAAUGAGCUUUUCUCUUCGUCUGACCCAGCGUCUGGCGUAGAAUACGUCGCAUCCUGCAUCAUCAAAGUCCUCUUCUUCUUGCCCUGGUGCGCUCUGGUCGGCGGCACGAUCCUCCUCGCCCCCGAAUAUCUAGAACAAGUCACCUUCUGCACAGGCUACACCUCGUCUCCCUUAACGCCCAUCCAUCGCUUCGCCCACUGGUCUGAGUACGCUCCCACCCACGUCUUGUCGUUCUUCGUCUUCCUUGGGUCUGUUGUCUGGUGGAACCUCCCUCUAGGGCUCCUGCUUUUCUCGGGCGUAACGGCGCAGAUUAUCAUGACGUGGAGCGAGUUCGCGGUGGACCCGAACGUGCCGCUAGGCGAGGACGAUAAGCAGACGUUGUAUAUCCUUGCUGAGAAGCUCGCGUUUGGGGGUGAAGCGUCGAUGGGGGUGAAGUGCCUUGGGUCGAAGUACUACGCUAUCACUGAUGAAGGAGAGUCGGAUGAAAUCCAUCUUCAUGCUGAAUGA